UGAAACGCAGACAGUCACUGUGACUGAGAGCAGAAAUGGAGCAGAGUCAGCUAAACCGAGAGACUUUCUCCUGUUCAAUCUGUCUGGAUCUACUGAAGGAUCCAGUGGCUACUCCCUGUGGACACAGCUACUGUAUGAACUGUAUUAAAGGUCACUGGGAUGAAGAGGAUCAGAAAAGAAUCCACAGCUGCCCUGAGUGCAGAGAGACCUUCAUACCAAGGCCUGUUUUGAAGAAAAACACCAUGCUAGCAGCUUUAGUGGAGCAGCUGAAGAAGACUGGACUCCAAGCUGCUCCUGCUGACCACUGCUAUGCUGGACCUGAAGAUGUGGCCUGUGAUUCCUGCACUGGGAGAAAACUGAAAGCCAUCAAGUCCUGUUUAUUCUGUCUGGCCUCUUUCUGUGAGAAACACCUUCAGCCUCAUUUUGAUUCAGCUGCAUUCAAGAAACACAAGCUGGUGGAGCCGUCCAAGAACCUCCAGGAGAACAUCUGCUCUAAGCAUGAAGAGGUGAUGAAGAUCUUCUGCCGAACUGAUCAGAAGUGUAUCUGCUAUCUCUGCACUAUGGAUGAACAUAAAGGCCAUGAAACAGUGUCAGCUGCAGCAGAAAGGACUGAGAGGCAGAGAGAGCUGGAGGAGAGACGAGGAAACAUCCAGCAGAGAAUCCAGGACCAGGAGAAAGAUGUGAAGCUGCUUCAACAGGAGGUGGAGGCCAUCAAUCGCUCUGCUGAUAAAACAGUGGAGGACAGUGAGAAGAUCUUCACCCAGCUGAUCCGUCUCCUCCAGAAAAGAAGCUCUGAGGUGAAGCAGCAGAUCAGAUCCCAGCAGGAAACUGAAGUGAGUCGAGUCAAAGAUGUUCAGGAGAAGCUGGAGCAGGAGAUCACUGAGCUGAAGAGGAAAGACGCUGAGCUGGAGCAGCUCUCACACACAGAGGAUCACAACCAGUUUCUCCUCAACUACCCCUCACUGCCAGCACUCAGUGAGUCUACACACUCAUCCAGCAUCAACAUCCGUCCUCUGAGACACUUUGAGGACGUGACAGCAGCUGUGUCAGAGCUCAGAGACAAACUGCAGGACGUCCUGAGAGACUCGUGGACAAACAUCUCACUGAUGGUCACUGAGGUGGAUGUUCUACUGUCAGUACCAGAACCAAAGAGCAGAGCUGGAUUCUUAAGAUAUUCAUGUGAAAUCACUCUGGAUCCAAACACAGCAAAUACAUGGCUGAGACUAUCAGAGGGUAACAGGAAGGUGACAAGGAUGUAUCAGGAUCAGUUUUAUUCUAGUCACCCAGACAGAUUCACUGAUCGCUCUCAAGUUCUGAGUAGAGAGAGUCUGACUGGACCUUGUUACUGGGAGGUGGAGUGGAGAGGGAGAGUUUCUGUAGCAGUCGCAUACAAGAGUAUCAGCAGAGCAGGAUCGGGUAAUGAAUGUGUUGUGGGAUAUAAUGAUAAAUCUUGGGCAUUAUAUUCUUUUCAAAACAAGAGUAAAUUUUGUCACAACAACAUUUCAACCUCCAUCUCAGGUCCAGUUUCCUCCAGAGUCGGAGUGUACCUGGAUCACAGAGCAGGUAUUCUGUCCUUCUACAGCGUCUCUGAAACCAUGACUCUCCUCCACAGAGUCCAGACCAGAUUCACUGAACCGCUACUGGCUGGAGUUUGGCUUGGAGAAUCUGCUGAGUUCUGUAAACUUUAACUGUGAGAUUCUCAC